AUGACAAUUUUUUCUAAUGUUACUGAUGAUGUUAUCAAUAAGGCUAAAAAACAAUUUAUUAUAACUAAUGAUACCUCAAGAAAUAGAUUAGAUUUUUCAAAAAUUUCCCCAUUUGACAAGUUGAAGACUUUUCCACCCGUUGAGAUUGGCUUAAAAGCUAUUGCAGAUGGAGAGGUUGCUUUGAUGGUAUUAUCAGGAGGGCAGGGUACAAGACUUGGUAUACCACAUGCUAAGGGUGUUAUUGAUCUAAAUCUUAACUUGACUCAAGGAUAUGAUAGUACUUUAUCAAUUUUUGCUAAAAGAUUACAUAGUUUACAAGAAUGGUGUAAAGAUUCAUUUAAUUUAAAAAAAUCUCCAGAAAUUCCUGUUAUUCUUAUGACUUCUUCAUAUACUGAUAAAGAGAUUAAAGAUUUUGUUAAUGAUCAUAUUGUAAACGGGAAAAUUUUAAAAGCAAAUCAAAUUAUUGUUGAACAACAAAAUAAUAUCCCAUGUAUAGAUUUGAAUGGUGAGGUAAUCAUGAAAUCUUCAAACGAGGUACAAUUAUCUCCUGAUGGAAAUGGUGGUUUUUUGGAUUGUUUAAAAAAAUGUGAUAGUUUUUUGAAGGAAAAAGGUGUCAAAUAUUUACAUGUUAUUGCUGUUGAUAAUUGUCUUUCCAAAGUUUGUGAUCCCAUAGCAAUAGGAAGUAUGAUUGAAGAGAAGGCUGAUGUUUUAAAUAAAGUAGUUAAGAGACGAUCUGCCACAGAAAGUUGUGGUAUUAUGGUUAAAAUAAAUAAUGAUGAUGGAGGUUAUGCUUCAAAAAUUAUUGAAUACUCAGAAAUGCCAAAAGAAUUAGGGCAAGCUGUUUUGGAAGAUGGUGAAUUAAAAUUUCAAUCCGCCAACAUUUGUUCACAUUACUUUAAUGUUGAGUGGCUUAGAAGUUUAUAUGAUAAUAAUGUUGAAUUACCAUAUCAUAGGGCUUUAAAAAAAAUACCAUAUUAUGAUAAUGAAAAGAAAAUGAUGGUAGAGGUUGACAAACCAAAUGGAAUAAAAUUAGAAAAGUUUAUCUUUGAUGUUUUUGAUUUUGCUAGAAAAGUUGUCAUGUUUGAGGUACCAAGAAAUGAGGAAUUUGCUCCAAUUAAGAAUGCUGAUAAUGUCGGGAUUGACUGUAUAAAAACUUCCAAAGAUGCUCUUGGUAAUUUAGUUAAACUUUGGAUGGAAAAGAAUGGUCUACAAGACGUUUAUUCUAAAUGGUUAAAAAUACACAAUAUUGACAUGUUUUUCUUAGAUCCAAUGUUAACUUAUGAUGGAGAGGGUAAAAUAUUUAAAGCUUUAAAAGAAGUCUUUGAAAAGGAUACUGUAAAACCUAAUGAGUUAAACCACCAUUUUCUUUCUUCAAUGGCACUUGCAAACAAUAUUUAA